CUCUCAGACCCAUGGACUCAUCCCAGCAGAACAGGAGCAACACUGAUCAGAUCCGCCUGGAUAACACGGUCUAUCUGAUGGUUCAACACGUUACAGUGGAGGAUGGGAAUCUGUAUGUGUGUGAAGUGCGGGAAAACGGAAACAUUCUUCACACAAGUAACGGAGAUUUUACUGUAAACACCAUCACAGCUGAACCGUCUGAUGCAGUGACUGAGGGAGACACCGUUACCCUGACCUGCUCUGUGUCUCACGUCAUUGGGUCAAUGAGACUGGUUUGGAUCAAUGGCGAUGGCAAACGUGUUGGAGAAAAGACACUGACUGAGGAAGAGAAAUCACUGAGUCUGGUUAUUCAGAAAGCUGAGAGAGGCAGAGGGAACUGGAGAUGUGUUUUGUUUGAUCAAGACCUGCCCCGGCUUUUUGUCCCGUACUAUCUGGAGCCCAGUGGAUCAUUAGACAUUUCGUCCUUCACGAGCAUUAGGAUCAUCAUAGUUCUGUGCUACUUGGUGAUUAAACUGGCCUUUGCUCUUGGACUCAUUUGCUGCUCGUGGAGGAUGAACAGGAGCUGCAGAAAUCCACGGGAAGUUACAGGAAAUGUCACAAACAAUUCAAACGAAGCUGUCGCAAUGCAGACCCUGAACUCUGACCCAGAUCUGAGGGAUCAGAAUGAAUGACCCAGCGCAGAAGAGGCCAUUCAGCCCAUCAGCCUCAUGUCCAAGGAAAUGUGUAUUCCUGCAAAAAUAUUGAGACUGAACGGAGACUUUGGAAAUAGAUUUGUGGGUUUAUUGUGCAUUUGCUUUGUGCUUGUUUGGUUGUCAUCUCUCCGAACUGUCGUAAGUCUGUCUUGUAUGCAGACCCCAAAUUAAGGAGACUCCCCCCUC